UUCGCACUCAAGUUUAGCCGUCACCACGACGUAUGAUAAGCAGACUCCGUCUACUCACUCACCAACUUAACAAAGCCAAGAUGUCCACCGCUUCGCAUCCCAUCCAUAACACGAACACUGCAUGCUGCACGAUCCCACCUGUGCAGUCCAACUACAGCCCCAAGGGCACAUUCAAGUCCGUUGGCGACUUCAAGAAGGUCUACGUGACUGGCACUAAGACGGACGUCGCGAUCGUCUGUGUCUACGACAUCUUCGGGUUCUUCCCGCAGACGCAGCAGGGCGCGGACAUCAUCGCAUCGACGCUUGGAGCGACGGUGUAUAUGCCUGACUUCUUCGAGCCGCAUGCGCCCUUCCCCGUCGAGGACUUCCCGCCAACUACUGAUGAAGCCAAGAAAGCUCUGCAGGAGUUCUUCGGCGGCGUCGCGAACCCCGGCGAGGCGACCAAGAAGCUCGUCGCGUUCGGCAAUGCGCUGAAGAGCGGUGGUGCGCAGAAAGUCGGCGCUUACGGAUUCUGUUGGGGUGGGAAAGUCACCGUGUGCAGUGGGGGAGAAUCCUCUCCUUUUGGUGCCGUGUCCAUCGUUCAUCCCGCGAUGCUUUCGGUGGAUGACGCGACCAAGUUGACCGUUCCUUUGGGCAUCUACCCCUCCAAUGAUGAGCCAGCUGAUGAGUACAUGAACAUUCUGAAAGAAAUUGGCAACAAGCCUUUUGCGGCAAAGAACGACAACAAAUAUUACUCAAACAUGUAAGUAAUGGCUGCUGCCCGCGCAGACUUGGACAACGAAGACAACAAAAUCGAAUUCCAAGAUCUCUACUCCAGACUCGCCGCUUUCUUCAAGAACGCCUUGUAAAGUGUGUAAGCUCAAGAGUGAAGAAAGCAAAAUGUCAAUGGCCACAUCACCGAAACCGUACCAUAACAAUGUAACCAUCCAUAAAGGAAGAAUAGCUGAUGAUGUAAUACUGGUUUCUUCCUCACACCUCCAUGAAGUUUCUGAUACUGGGCGCUACGGGACAGAUCGGUGUCCUUGUCGUGCGCGAGGUGCUCUCAACAUAUCCAACAGCUAUCGUCGUUCUGUACACGCGUAACCCACAGAAGCUAGCCCCAGACCUUACUGAGCACAAGAACUGCGUCAUCGUCCAAGGAGACUUGGAAGAUGAAGCGACCCUGGGGCCGGCGCUCGAGGGUGUCGACGUCGUGCUGUCUGCUAUGGGACCAAGCCAGUUCUCACACCCGGCCGACACCCCAUUGGCGCGCGGCUACACGAAACUAAUCACGGUUAUGUCAAAGUCCGGCGUGCAUCGUCUCCUCGCUCUCGGCACCGCGUCUAUGGAGAACAAAUCUGAUCGGUUCAAUCUGGGGUACUACGGGCUGGUCAAAGGGGCGGCUGUCACGAUGCAUAACGCCGUCAAAGACGUCAAGGCCAUCAGCGCAGUCAUCAGCUCAUCGGACCUCCCUCAUUGGUCCAUAUUCCGGGUCCCCGUUCUCAGCAACAACGCAUCCAAGGACGUCAUCGCCGGGUUCAUAGGGGACGGCAAGACGAAUAAUCACCUGUUCCUCAAUCGCGGCGGGUUCGCCGCGUUUAUGGUGCAGGAGGUAGAGCACAAGGCCUGGGAUAAAGAGGCACCGUUACUGGUAUCAGCAUGAUAUUGUGUACGGUAGAUGUCGCGCUGACGCGCUAUGUUACGCUGGAGCGCGGUCACGUGGGGGCGUCCCACUUUCCUCCUGACUAAACUGUAUGAUACCCACUCCGGAUCUGAGCCAUUUGCGUGCCUCGGACUAUGAACACGUAUACGAGCCAGCCGAGGACACCUUCAUUCUGCUCGAUGCGUUAGAGCAAGACGCCCAGGAGCUGUGUGACCUCAAGCCUCGCAUCGCAUUCGAAGUGGGCUCUGGCUCUGGCUGCGUGUCCGCGUUCCUGAGCAAGAUCACUGGGCCCUCUGCAGUGCUGUAUCUCUGCACGGACAUCAACCCCCGUGCGUGCGUCUGCACCCGAGCCACCGGCGCACAGAACUCGGUCGCGCUGGAGGUGGCGACUGCGUCGCUCGCUGCGCCGUUCCUCGACCGCCUCGAGCACUCCGUGGACGUGAUCCUCUUCAACCCACCCUACGUCCCGACGUACGCCGAAGAGGCGCUUGCCGCGCAAGCGGAUCGGGACAUCGGCGGGUCGUGGGCGGGAGGCCAGCAUGGGAUGCAGGUGACGGAAACGUUCUUUCCGCAGGUCGAUGUUGGGCUUUUUCUUGCUUCUGCGCGUUGUCGAUCGAUUGAGAUGAUGUUCCAGCGCCUACUUUCAUCGAGCGGCCGAUUCUACCUGGUGGCGGUCGCAGAUAAUAACAUUGCCGCGAUUCAAGAGGAGAUGUCGACGCGGUAUGGUAUGCAUAGUCAGAUUGUACUGCAACGAAGGGCAGGUCGGGAACACCUCUUUGUCGUCCGAUUCACAAGAACGAGCGGAUAAACGAGCCAUUUUAUUUCCAAAGGGUCCAUGUUACAGAGUCAUAAUUACAGCCACAGCAAGCUUCAAGUAAAGUUGGGAUGUCAAUGAUUGUCAGUGUCGAGGAAGACGACUCUCAGUCGUCGCUGUCAGCAGUUCCAGGUCUCCGUCCGCGCAGACUGAAUCGCGAAGGAGAGCCUACGGUGGAAAGGGUACGGCCCGUGUCGACUCGCGGACUCGACGCUCGGCUGUUAGGCCCAUUGCCGACUGGCGCGCUCGAGUCAAACUCGAGUCGCAGACGGAUCAGACCGCUGCCUUGGAGCUCAGCAGAGACUUCUGCAGCCGUCACUCCCUCGGCUUGGAUGUGCCGCCAGAUCUGGCAAUCAAACAAUUUGUCUUUGCCGAGGGUUUUGUGAUCAUGCACCCAAAGAUACAGUUUGGGGUGUAGGCCCCAGCGACGAAGUUGAAUGACUCCUUC